CUCACUGCGCCCCGCUGCCAAUCACAUAACCCUUGCACCGCUCCCUUCGCACCCCGGUUAGCCAAUCCGCUCCAGCUCUGAUUUUACGAUCUCCCGCUGAUGUUAAGACUAUCUUCGAACCCCAGAAGAGAUCUGACUUCAGACGUAUCAACAACUGGCGCCGCUCAGACUGCUUGCGAGCUCAACAGCCAUGAAACCAGGGAUCAACAACUACCUUCGCGUGCCCUAUGUGCAUAUCACUCGACUCUGAGAUAAACCUGCUCAACUCCUCUUUUUUUGAGUCUCUCGAUCGAAUUGAUAUCUCUGACUUGGACACCUUUAUUGGUACGAGUUCCCCGAAUUCUUCACCACCAGUGCUUGUGCGAUCCACAGGAAAGAAUAUUCGUCUCUCCACACGGGACAGACAGCAUUUGCUCUCUAUGCUAGAUCGCCCUGCUUCAUCUGGCCCCAGUUCCAUUCCCGUCGGAGCUUGUUCUCUCCCGCAACCCGCUGGGAAAAACCUGCGCCUGUCCGCCGGGGACAGCCAAGAUUUGCUCUCCGAGCUCACUCCCGAUGCUCCGGCCGAUCGGAGCCCCAGAAACGCUUCUUAUUCUCCGCCAUCAGACACACGAAAUGCACCGCGCCUGCCUUUGAGACCCAAUCACGGGCGUCUCAGAAGGAGGAGUAGCAGGACCCGCAGGUUCGCAAGGACAAGGAGGACAAAGCGAACAUGCACCCGAAGGCAGCUGGCUUCAAUCGCUCUUCGCGCGCAUGAGUGGACCGAGUUAAAACGUAGUGAUGAGAGUGUAAUCAGCUUUCUCAAACGUUAUGAUCCACCAGAGCCUUUGAUCCCCGCCAUGCUCUCUGUGGAGGCCGUACAAGCCCAGCACAACUUCGCUGUAGUGCUGAGGCCCCGACCCUAA